ACCACGCGUCUCGUGUCAUCAGACCGGAUGUUUUAUUUUUUGUUCCUCCACUGAUUGUAACCUUAUACGCUCAUAAAUAUAGAUCGUAGACGUUAUCUUUAAACCGAAUUUUGGACUGACAUCUCACAAUGUCCUUCAGUUACAAUGUAAAACAUUAGCAAGCCGUUCAUUCAACUAAACAGCCGAAUGAAAUCGACCGGUUAAGCAUCUACCAAUAGCAACAAGUACUUGUUUAGUGCUCGUGUUGACUGCAUAGAGUGCACCAUGGGUGCUGAACAGAGCGGAGAUGCUGAACACAAGCACUCAGACUUCAGCGCUUCAGUCGUACCCUCUCCAGCCAAGCACAGAGCCAAAAUGGACGACAUAGUAGUUGUUGCUCAAGGAACUCAGUCAUUACGGAAUAUCCAUAACGAUCCAGAUGUAAUAAAACUACAGGAAAUUCCCACCUUUCAGCCUCUUUUGAAAGGUGUACUCAGUGGACAAACCACUCCGAGCACUAUCUGUUUAGAAAAGCUGGAUUCGGCUCAGGUGCUGCAGCUGUGUGUCCGAUAUCAGGAUCAUCUCCACCAGUGUGCAGAAGCUGUCGCCUUUGACCAGAACGCUCUGGUCAAGAGGAUCAAGGAGAUGGAUCUGUCGGUGGAGGCAUUAUUCAGCAUCAUGCAGGAAAGGCAAAAGCGUUACGCCAAAUACGCCGAGCAGAUCCAGAAGGUCAAUGAGAUGUCGAUGAUUCUGAGACGCAUUCAGAUGGGCAUCGACCAGACGAUACCACUGAUGGAGCGCCUCAACAACCUGCUGCCCGAGAGCGAGCGCCUGGAGCCCUUCAGCAUGAAACCUGACGGAGAAAUCAAAUAGAGUCUGACAAAACUUGUUCAAUUGUUCAUAGUACUAAUUGACUUUCGCUUUAUAGGGACCUACCUCAGGUCGUGUCUGGUUGUUGCCUAAAGAACGUCUCACUUUGCACUCUGAAAGGCUUUUUGUGUGCCUCGAUCAGGUGAUAUCUGGCAUAAAACAAGUUACAUGGUACAAAAUAGAAAGCUAUAAUACCAAAAUGGUAUAGGCAUGUGUAUAUAUUUGCUUAAAGGACUUGAUUGAGCCGUUUUAAAAGGCAAGAUAAUUCUGCCUCUGAAAUUGUUAUUUAAUGACAUGUCAUUCAUGCAUAUGAUGCUUUUGCACUUAAGAGGCUUUCUGUGUCAUUAAAGUUGUUGGCAUUAAAUCGUUUAUACAUACACUGUCUGAGAACUAUAGGAGAACAGUAUAGUAGAAAUGCUAUUCAGUGCUAAGUCAGUGAUGAUUAUAUUAGAAAUGAUUCAUACAAUGGUUCGUACAAAAAUGAAAAUGUAAUUAAAAUAUACUGACCCUAAGAAUAUUCGAGAUGUAGAUGAUUUUGUUUCUUCAUCAAAAGAUUUGGAGAAAUUUAGUAUUACUUGCACACCAAUGGAUCCUCUGAUUGGGUGCAAACAGAUUAUUAAAACAUGAGAAGUCUACAAGUAAUCCACAUGAUUUUAAUUAGUCUAUUGAUUAUUGUCUCGUAACGAGCAACAAACUGCAUGUUUGUAAUAAAAAAAUCUAUACUUGAAGAUGGAAAAAAUUAAAGAAAAAAAAUGUAAUUAAUUACUCACCCUCGUGUUGUUACAUACCUGUAAGAGCUUAAUUUCUCUUCAGAAUAGAAAUUAAAAUAUUUUUGAUGAAA